ACAUGCCAUUCCUUACAGUAGCACAGACACAAACACCACCGGAAAAGCUCGUUUCUCAUUGGAGUUUGUGAAUAGUUGACUGUGAGCAUGUGUGACAGUCAGCUCUGCCAAAACCUGAUCCUCAACAAACAAAGGACAUGGACUACAGAGGACAACAAAGGACCAGGAACACCGCACUAGUCUUAGUACAGUCCUAAGUCCACAGCUGUCUCCUAGUCUGAGCUGAACACGAUCAGCUGUUGAAGACACGCACAGGACCGGUCCCGUUCCGUGGACACAUUUCCACCGUCAACAUGCUGAGGACGUGUGUGUCCAACAUCGGGUGGCGGAUGGGCCGUCCACACCGAGAGGGGCUCCGGAGGGUGACGGACCGGGGAGACGACGUCCACCGCCCCGCGUCCACCAGCAGCACCGUGAUGGGCCACGGAACCAAACCCAAAACCAUCGACGAUCUGCCCGGACCGAGCUUCCCGACCAGCUUAUACUGGCUGUUUGUGAAGGGAUACUUCCAAACGACGCAGCAAAUGCAAAUCGAACACAGUAAGAUCUAUGGCCCGCUGUGGAAGUCCAAGUACGGUCCUCUGGUUGUUGUGAACGUGGCCACCGCCGACCUGAUAGAGCAGGUGCUGAGGCAGGAGGGGAGACACCCGGUCCGGACUGACAUGCCCCACUGGAGGACCUACCGGGAGCUUAGGAACCAGGCCCACGGACCCCUGACUGAGAUGGGUGCCAAGUGGCAGCGCAUCCGCAGUAUCCUGAACCCUCGAAUGCUGAAGCCCAAACACGUCUCGUCCUACUCGAAUACGAUCAAUGAGGUGGUGACAGACUUCAUCCACAGAGUGGCCUGGCUGAGGGAAACCAGCGGUCACGGGCUGAUGGUCCAUGACGUGACCACAGAGCUCUACAAAUUUGCUUUUGAAGGGAUCUGUUCUGUGCUGUUUGAGACUCGAAUGGGCUGCAUGAAUGAGGAUGUGCCUGAAGAAACUGAAAAGUUCAUCUUGUCCGUGGGAGAAAUGUUCCAGCUCUCCCAAAUUGUCAUCAUCUUCCCCAAGUCCGUCUGGCCCUACCUCCCCUUCUGGAAACGGUUUGUGGCUUCCUGGGACUACCUCUUUAAAGUGGCUGAGAGGCUGGUGCAGAAAAAAAUCGAGGAGCUCCAGGAGAAAGUGGACCUGGACCAGAACGUGGAGGGAGCAUACCUCACCCACCUGCUGCUCAGUGAACAGAUGACGGUCACUGAGAUCCUGGGCAGCAUCACAGAGCUCCUGCUGGCCGGGGUCGACACAACAUCCAACACUAUCUCGUGGUCUUUGUACCAUUUGGCGAAGGAGCCAGAGAUCCAAGAGCAGUUAUACCAGGAAGUGAUAAAAGUCUGCCCUGGAGACAAGAUACCGACCAGUGACGACACAUCACACAUGCCGUACCUGAAGGCCGUCAUCAGAGAGACGCUACGGUUAUAUCCAGUGGUGCCAGGAAACGCCCGCCUCACUGUUGAAAAUGAGAUAGUGGUUGGAGAUCAUCUGUUUCCCAAAAAGACUCUGUUCCACCUGUGCCACUACGCCGUGUCCUAUGAUAAGAACAUCUUCCCUGAGCCCCACGCCUUCCUGCCACAGCGUUGGCUCCGAGGUUCAGAGGAGAAGGCCAAGCAGCACCCGUUUGGCUCAGUGCCCUUCGGUUUUGGGAUCCGGGCAUGUUUGGGUCGACGGGUGGCCGAGCUCGAGAUGUACCUCCUUCUGUCCAGGUUAAUAAAACAUUACGAAGUGAGGCCGGAUCCAACAGGAGCCACUGUCCAGCCCAUCACCAGGACUCUCCUGUGUCCGGCUAAACCCAUUAACCUGCAGUUUGUGGACAGAGGAGCUGGACCGCAGGAGUCCAGAGCAGCAGCACAGCAUCAACAGUGAUCUGAGUUAGUAUUCUGACUGUGUCCACUGAACCUGUUUAUAGAGCAUUCACACCACGAGGACUGGAAGGAACCCCAAUGGGAAGCACUGUAAAAACACAAGACGACUGAAGAAGGCUGGACAGCACAAUGUGUAUAGAACCAUGUCUUCAUGUAAAUACUUUGACUUAAAACAGAUGUUGUUUCCUCUGGAGAUUGUUUUAAUUCCAGUUCCACAGACACCAUGUGUUCUUUCACUUGUUAGUGGUGAAGCAGGACGUGACUCUGGUCCAAACUUCUGCAAACUGGGUCAUUUGUCACAUUAUUUGUGUGAUUUCUUUAGCUUCAGUAACACAACAGUGGAUUUAGUUAGUGAUACUAUUUUCCAUUGUUCAAUCACUUGUGAGGAAGAAAACAACAACCACAAAACAGACAAUAAAUUUCCUACAAUCAAAUCUCUAAAAACUCAGAGAAGAACUAACAUGGCUUUUCUUUAGUGUUGUGUCAAAUAUCUUUUGCAUAGAUGUAUAAGCGGGGUGGCUGGUCAAUAGAGGGCACUAGGGCCCCGCCCCAUUUGUCUAAUAUGAAGAAAAAAAUACGAAUCAAAUACAAUAAUUUUACAAAAACAUGAAUAUUUAAAUAAAAGGGGCGUUUGGACAACGUCAGGGAGCGUUUGAAUGAGAAAGCUGGGGGGGGGGGGGGGUGGCACUCAGGCACAAAUGAGGGGCGUUAGUCACCUGUUAUUUAUCACAUGACAAUAUAUGAUAUUUGUCUUUUUUGUCUAUUUCCAUUUCUUACAUAAUUUUGUUGCAUUUUUUGUGACUAAUUUAAUACCAUAAAUGAAUCAUCUGGUUCUUAACUUUAUUUGAAACCAAAAACCAGCCUUUAAAUAAUCCCAUUAUGACGAUGGUAUUUCUCCAGAUGAUCAUCAGUAUUUGUAAAGUGUUUUUUUCCGUAUAAUGUACAGAAUAAACUUUGGUUCUUUGGUUUGACAUUAAAAUCACAAAUCUGUGAACACUGCAUAUCGUCAUCUCUGGGGAUUUUCAGCAUUCAUUCUGUCAUAUUUAUGUCAUUUGUUAUUAAUCAUCUUCCAAUUUCUGGACAUUUCUAUGUUUCCCAUGAAUAAACCUAAGCCUGAACGCUG